AUGAAACAAAAAGAAAUAGUUAAUAGUAUAAAGAUCAAUACUGUUAAUAGUGGUUAUAAGAGUUUAAAGUGGAAUCAACUCAUUCUAUCACCAAUAGAUCUUUCAUAUUAUGGCUAUUUAGAACCACUUAGGAGCUACAUAGAAUCUCAUCCCAAACAGAUAAGAAAUACAUUUAAAGCAUCGAUAUCCUAUGCUGUGCAACAGGGCCACCUUUCAGUUGUCGAGUAUCUAAAGUUCAAUGAUAUGACUCGACAGUUUGAGUUGCCUACACAUCUCAUUGCCAUCGCAGCAAAAUCAGGUCAUAUCAACAUCAUUCGAUUCUUACUAGAGAGGAAUCAAGCUAGUGGUGGAGGUGGUAGAGGAAGAGUAGUCGCAGCAGAGAAGAGUCAAGAUAUGGCAUUGGCAUUGGUAUCCGCUAUUGAACAAGGCAAUCUAGAGAUCAUUAAAUAUCUAAAUCAACUGGUGAAACCAGCAGUAAAGCAAGAUAAACGAUUGACAAGAGCAAUGGAUGUCGCUGCUUCCAAAGGGUACCUCGAAGUUUGUAGAUUCCUCAAUGAAAACCGCACUGAAGGAUGCACAUACAAAGCGUUAGAGUCUGCAAUCGUUCAAGGCCAUAUAGAUGUUGUUAAAUAUCUAUAUGAGAACUGCACUCACUCUACAACAGCAGGUUUAGACUCUGCUCUCUAUAUAGCCGAAUCCAAUAAGCAAUCAGAGAUAAUCAACUAUUUAGAACAGCAGCAGCAAUAA